UCCAUUGGCACGGCUUAUCUCUAACUGGCAAUAACCAAUAUGACGGAGUUCCGAGAUUAAAACAGUGUCCGAUCCCCAACAAUGGCAGUUUUCUCUAUAAUUUUACCAAUUGUAAUAUUUUAUCAAGGCCUUUUUGGUACCAUUCACACCUUGAGGGUCAACUCGUUGAUGGUCUCAAAGGCCCAAUAGUAAUUCAUAAUCCUAAUGACCCCUAUCUUACAGAAUACGAUUUCGAUUAUGUGAUAACACUAUCAGAAUGUUAUCGAGGUACUGAACCUAACCCUAUUUCUGGAGACAUUAGCGGCAAAGGUCAAUAUAAUUGUACUUUAGCCUCUAAUGAUUCAUGUAACCCGAAUAAUGGAGUCGUCACAUAUGUUGUUCAAAUGGGUAAAAAAUAUAGAUUUAGAACUAUUAAUAUGAGCGGGGCAGCUCAUUAUAUAUUUUCGAUUGAUGAACAUCCGCUUACUCUUAUUUAA